AUGGCGGAACCACAGGCAGCUCCAGACAUUAGCUCAUCAGAGCUUGGCAAAGCGGCCAUAGACCGGUUCUGCUGCCAAUACCUUCAACUAGAGGCGCAUCUUGAUUAUCCCGACGGGCAAGCGUUGAAGCGACCAGAAGCCCAAGAUGAAAUCUUCGAUCGUAUCUUUGAGGGUUGCUCGCCUUCUUCCAAGAGCGCCAGGUUUCAAUUGCGAGUAUUGAAAGAGUUGGUAAAGAGAAUCCAGGACAGCAUAAGCGACAACGAAGCAGACGACUUUGAGGUUUCAGACAGGAUAAUGGACCGCCUGGGUGAGCUCAUGUUCGAGCCUCUGAUGUCUGAGGCAGAUGAGGCCCAGCGCAAGUGUCUCGUCACGUACCGCUUAUCCCUCGUCCAGCCCCCUGAGCACAUUGAUAUCCUGGAAAACCGUGCUCUGCUAGCUGCCGGUGGCACCACCGGUCUCAGAACAUGGGAAGCUGCCCUUCACCUCGGCCAAUAUCUGUCCAUCAACAGCCAUCUCGUUGCCGACAAACGAGUGCUAGAGCUGGGCGCAGGCACGGGUUACCUCUCGAUCUUGUGCGCGAAAAUGCUGGCUGCAACACAUGUCACGUCGUCUGAUGGGUCGGAGGAGGUUGUGGAGAAACUUGCCGACAACUUUGCGUUGAACGGCUUGGAAUGGGACUACAACGUCUCGAGCUCUGCGCGCCUCAGCCCAAAACUCCUCAAGUGGGGCCACGCACUGGUCGGAACGGAAGAGCCGGAGUGGAACGGGGGCCAGAAGAUCGAUCUGGUCAUCGGCGCCGAUGUAACUUACGACCAGAAGGUUAUCCCGUUUCUGGUAUCGACGUUGACGGAGCUUGUGGAGCUUGACCCGGACACGGAGAUAAUUAUUUCGGCCACCCAGAGAAAUUCAGACACGUUGAUGGUUUUCAGAGACAGCUGCGCCAAAUCCGGUCUCCAGGUCAAGGAGGUGGAAUUGUCAGUCAAGGACCAGCAGGAUACCCUCAUACGCCACGGCAGACCAUAUGGAACAUUGACCCCAUUUUACUCGACUCAGGUGCCUAUACGGAUCUUCCACAUUCACGGAAGUAAAGGAUAG